AAGGGUUGGGCACUGUUACUGUUGUCGUGGGUUGUAUAUAUCUCUCAGGCUGAGGAGUCAGUGUGCAGUCGGAGGGGUGAUCUGGAAUUCCCCCAGCUGUCCAUGGAUGGGGACAUUAUGUUGGGGGGAAUCUUCUCUUUCCACAGUCGCUGGAAAGAAGGACAGCAUACCUACUGGCACAAACCAUUGCCACUUCAGUGCAUAAGCUUGAAUUUCAGGGGCUUCCAGUAUACACAGGCUAUGCGUUUUGCCAUAGAGGAGAUUAACAACAGCACAGACCUACUCCCUGGACUCACUCUGGGCUAUAAGAUCUAUGAUUCAUGUGGGUCCAUUGCUCGAGCUGUGAAAGUAGCUCUGGCCUUGGUCAAUGGUAAUAAAUUGGUAUCUGCAGCUGCUGAGGAACCAUGCACAAGGCCUGCUCAAGUGCAGGCCAUCAUGGGAGAGACCUUCUCUUCUCCUUGCAUGGCUAUAGCUACUGUCAUUGGACCCUUUCAUAUCCCACUGAUCAGCCAUGCAGCUACUUGUGCUUGUCUAAGUGAUAAAACCAAGUACCCGUCAUUCCUCAGAACAAUACCAAGCGACUACUACCAGAGCAGGGCCUUGGCCCAGUUGGUAAAGCACUUUGGUUGGACUUGGGUUGGUGCUAUAAGAACAAAUGAUGAUUAUGGCAAUAAUGGCAUGGCCACUUUUACAGCAACAGCCCGGCAGCUGGGCAUUUGUCUGGAGUACUCAGUGUCAAUCUUUAGAACCGAUCCCCCGGACAAAAUACAAAAGAUAAUUGACAUUAUCAAAGCUGCCACUUCCAAAGUGAUUGUUGCUUUCCUCUCUGCCACAGAUAUGCUUAUGCUAACACACAAGUUGUCUGAACACAACUUGACUGGGUACCAAUGGGUAGGCAGUGAGGGCUGGAUCUUUGACUCCCAAAUUGCAGCCACAGGCGGGCAUCACAUUCUGGAUGGUGCUGUAGGCUUGUCAAUCCCUAAAGCACAUGUGAGUGGUAUGAGAGAGUUCAUGUUGGAUGUGAAGCCGCUUAAUUCAUCAAGUAAUCAAAUGUUUAGAGUAUUUUGGGAGACAUUAUUUAACUGUAAGUUCAAGAAAACAGCAGAAACGCAGGGAGAAUGUACUGGGCAGGAAAGUCUAACUGGAGUGCAAAACAGCUUCACUGAUAUGUCUCUAAUGCCUAUCUUCAACAAUGUUUAUAAAGGAGUGUAUUCUGUGGCCCAUGCACUUCAUAAGAUUCUCAACUGCAAUAACACAUGCAACAACAAAGCACAGCUAGAUCCAUUUAUGAUUUUACAGCACGUACAAGCAAUUCAGUUCAAAACAAAGGAAGGAGAUGAGGUUUACUUUAAUGAAAAUGGAGACCCACCAGCAAAGUAUGAAGUUAUUAACUGGCAGCCAAAAGAAAAUGGCUUUGUGGACUUUGUCACCGUUGGUCUAUAUGAUGCAUCUUUACCUGCAGAGAAACAGCUCAUUCUGCAAAACACGUCCUUAAUUUGGGCACAAAAAUCACAAAAGGUGCCUCGAUCAGUUUGCAGUGAAAAAUGCUCCCCAGGAACUCGCAAGGUUCUCCAGAAAGGGAAGCCAGUCUGCUGUUAUGACUGUUUAAGGUGUGCAGAGGGAGAAAUAAGCAACACUGCAGAUUCAAUUACCUGUGAACAAUGCGAGUCUGACUACUGGUCAAAUGAGAGAAGAGAUGCUUGUGUAAAGAAGGAGGCAGAGUUUCUAUCAUUUAAAGAGAUUUUGGGAGCACUCCUCACUUCAGCCUCGCUUUCAGGAACACUCAUGACUGCUGUUGUGGCUUUCAUUUUCUUCAGGCACCGACACACCCCCAUAGUGAGGGCCAACAACUCAGAGCUGAGCUUCCUGCUGCUCUUCUCCUUGACUCUGUGCUUCCUGUGUUCUCUGACCUUCAUCGGGCGGCCCUCUGAGUGGUCCUGCAUGCUGCGACACACAGCAUUCGGAAUCACAUUUGUCCUCUGUAUCUCAUGUGUUCUUGGGAAAACUAUAGUUGUGUUGAUGGCCUUCAGGGCGACACUUCCAGGCAGUAAUAUGAUGAAAUGGUUUGGGCCUGCACAGCAGAGACUCAGUGUUCUCGGCUUUACUCUCAUACAAAUACUCAUAUGCAUCCUCUGGUUGACAAUUUCUCCCCCUUUCCCCUUUAAGAAUAUAAGGGAGUUCAAGAACAAAAUCAUAUUAGAGUGUGCUUUUGGCUCAGCUGUGGGCUUUUGGGCUGUGCUUGGGUAUAUAGGACUUCUGGCCAUGUUAUGUUUUGUCCUUGCUUUUCUGGCGCGAAAGCUGCCUGAUAAUUUCAAUGAAGCUAAAUUCAUCACAUUCAGCAUGCUGAUAUUCUGCGCAGUCUGGAUCACUUUUAUCCCAGCAUAUGUCAGCUCUCCUGGAAAGUUCAGUGUUGCUGUGGAGAUUUUUGCUAUUCUGGCCUCCAGCUUUGGAUUGCUGAUUUGUAUUUUCAUUCCAAAAUGUUAUGUUAUCUUACUUAAACCAGAGAGGAAUACAAAGAGGAAUCUAAUGGGGAAGGGGGCACCAAAGUCAUUUUGA